GUUCUGAUGCUUGCGUGUGCAGAUUUAGAAUGUGUCCCUGGAUUCCAGAAAAAGGCUUUUUAUAUUGAAGAACCAUUUCAAUUCAUAGAGGACCAGCCAGUUCUGAAAAUGAAAUUUGAUGACUGCAAGGGGAAUAACAAAUUGACCUUCGAAGUUUCUAACCCAAAUUUUAAAGUGGAACACGAUGGGACUUUAGUUGCACUAAAGAAUAUGUCAGAAGCCGGUAGAGCCUUGUUUGUCCACGCACAGUCUGAACACGCUGAGGAUAUGGCAGAAAUUUUGCUUGUUGAAGAAAAUGAAAAACACAGUGCAUUAAAGGAAAUCCUUAAGAUAGAAAGUAACCUUGGAUUUCCAAGACAAAAAAGGGCUAUUUUGGCAUCUCCAGUGUUAGUUCCUGAAAAUCAAAGAGGACCGUUCCCCAAAUCUGUUGGCAAGGUCAUCAGUAGUUUAGCGGGAGAGGGAGUAAGGUUUCGGCUCUCUGGUAAGGGAGUAGAUCAAGACCCAAAAGGAAUUUUUAAAAUCAAUGAGAUCACUGGGGAUAUCUCCGUGACCCGAGUCCUUGAUAGAGAAGCAACCGCCAGUUAUGAG